AUGGAGUCAUGCGCGAGACUGCGCGCCGUGUUGCUGGCUGCCCUGAACGCCAAUGCACGAGGCAGCCACCACGGCGAGCAGGAACUCUUCGACGAACUUGCCGCGCAUAGAACAGCUCUGCGUAGACUGUUUCAGAUUGGCCCGCGUAGCCCUGCUGAACAAAGGGAACUGGAAUCCGGAAAGACAACCAUCGACGGCAAAACUCUUGCCGUCAAUGUGGACUUCGCGCGUCAAGCUAUAUUUCUCUCCCAGCACCUCGAAUGCUCCGAACGCGUGGUCUCCGCCCUACUGCACGACGUGGCGGUACACAACCCGAAUAUCACGCCUGCAGAAUGCGUCGAAGCCACCCUACUUGAGUACCACAAGCGGAGGAGAGACCUGGUGGACUGCUUGAGGUACAUAUUAGAGGCGGCGAUGGUGGCGGAGAACGAUGAAGCGCCCACGUUGUUCAAGAGGCUGGACGUGUUCGUCAGGCAGGGGCUGUUGCCUAAGGAUAAGGCGCCUGGACAAGGAUCAGGAGCUUUGGGUACCAGUCAGGGAGCCACAUUUUUCGCGAAGUUGAUGAACGAGGUCGAAAACUUGGGGAAGACCAUAGCUCAAGUAGAAGCUGCGAAGCAAAACGCGGUCUCUAAUACCACCAUACCUUCGCAGGCUCAACAAGGAGUGAACGCUACGUUAGGUGCAGACAUCCUUUCUAUCCGGCUCUCCUCCCUUGCCUACGAACGGCGAGCUCUCGCUACUACCCUCUACCUCCUUUCCCGCAUGGCCUACCCGUCACCGGCUGAAGUCACGACACUCGUCGACUGGCUUGCGUCUAAUCCCUCCCACCCCCUUACAUACCAUAUGCUGGCCGCCGUCCUCGCGGUCUUCGAUUCGUCGCUGUCCCCUCCCGGCUCGCUGAGCUCGGACAUGCGGGCAAGGCUCGCGAUCGAUCAGACCGUGCUUGCACAUAUGAAGAACAAGAUGGACGUCAUGAACAAAUGGACAGUACCUGGCCUUAAAGCGGUGGUGUUGCUGAGGUGGACUCUGUUCUUGACCGAAGCAAGACGAAGAGACGGGAGCUUGGAGGCCCGUGAAGGCUUUCGUACCGAACAGCUCGAGACUCAGAUUUGGAACGCCGUGCAAGGCGAUGCCUUUGCGUACCUGGCCCUUGCCACCUUGUCCCUGCAGUCACGGUCUCAGCGAUCGUCGUACCCCCCUCCCUCGCUCUUACACACCAUACAAACCGCCGAUCCGAACCACACCCCGCCGGCCCCUCCCGUCGAGUUCAAGCCCGAAGUACUGGGGGCGUUCGAGAGCCUGGUCCGUGGGCUUAUUUCGCAUGCCUCAAGUGAACUGCGAAAGAUCAAGCAGCGUCAAGAAGACUUAGUAUUGGCAGGAGCACAUGGUCGACCUGAGCGCUCUCGGGCGUUCCGGCCGGGACAGCUGGGCGCUGCUGGACCAAGCCAAGGUGGCGGUUCUGAAGAUGCUGACGGGACAGGCGCUCCACCCCGGAACGACAUUGCUAUUCUCUUCUCCUUCAUCGGUGUUCUUUACACAGCGCUCCCAACCGAACGAGCUUUGCAAUUCUGGGGCUCUGCGCCACUUCCUUCGCCCUCUGGUCUCUCUUACCCUGAGAUCGUCGAGAUUCAGACGCCGAAGCUUCCUUCGUUCCUCCAGUGGAGCGUGUGGUCGACUCAGCCACGCGACACCGCGAUGUGUACCGCGCUGCACGACAUGCUUAGCGGGCUGGCCCACGGACGACAAUGCGCGGAGCUGUGUUAUAACUUCGUCGCGCGUGGUGGAGGCGACGGUAUCAGCAACAUGGGAGGCGCCUCCAGCGUCAGUUGGGUGGCUAUUUUCGGCUUGCUGGAUAACUGGGCAGCACAAGGGGCCCCGAAGCAUGAGAGGGUUAGCUCGACGCAUGGGCAAGUCUCCGGGACCACGGGUUGGCAUUCGCAUUCUCCACUUCCUGGGUCAGCGACGGCGGCGCCAGCUAGCCACGCCCCUAUACAACUGAACGCUAAGGAUGUUCUGUUCGCUCAAGCCUUCCUCCGCCUACUGGGGACAGUCGUAUCGUUCUCAGUUGCGGUACGGACAGCGAUCGCUAGCCAUGCUCAGUUCCGUGCCAUUCCGGCACUGGUGGCUCUCAUACCCCUUCCUGUGCCCUUGGAGCUCAAGGGAGCGCUGUUUGAGACUCUGUCAGCUUUCUGCGAACCAGGUUCAAGCUCGGUGGCCGGAGGAGCGGUUUUAGAGAUAUGCAGGGCGGUAUGGUUGCUGAUGGAGCGGCUGGAAGUGAUCAAUGUCAGGAAGGACAGUGGGGCCGGCGUCUUGACUGCUCCUGUGAAGGGCGUCGAGGUGGAGCUUGAGGAGGUCGAGGCAGUAUACAAGCUCUACCCGGCAACACUACCAUUCCUCAAGCUCCUCGCCACGCUCAUACACACCCCCAAGCGCCUGCCCCUCAAGGAGCGACUUGGCACUGCGGACUCGGGGUUAAUCAACUCUGUUCCUGAUCAGCUCGGCGCACCCUAUAGGCUUCCCGGCGCGGGACCCUUCACAGCGUUCGUCAUUGAUGAGGUUUUCGCGAAGAUCGGGACGCGGGAAUUUCAACAGCCGUCCGACCGAUGGAGAAUGAAUGACCUCUGCCUCUGUUACGUCGAGAGAUGUCUGGGGAGCUAUGAGCUAGAGACGCUGGUGUCGGCGGCGGACAACGGAACCUUGUUGAUGGAGACGCUUAUUCCAUUCCUGACCCACCCAGGUUACGACGUGAUGAAGAGACUGCUAACGCAGACGCCGCUCCAGAGCACCAUCUUGGGUUACGUCGUGGAAGGUGUGGAGGGUUUCGACAAGGGGAUUGCGGAGAUCGAGCCGGACUUUGCGAGCACGAUUGUGCGCGUGCUCCGCAUCGUACAUCGCGUUCUGGAGAUCCAAGACAUAUUCUUGGACGUGAUCAUUCCUCUCCUUUCUGAGUUUGACAGCGCGCCGAUCGUUGGGAUAGCCCACCCGCGAUCAUACUUCCUGAAGUUUGACCAGGCACUCUCGUUCGCACCGCACUACGUACCUGCUAUCGCGGCGUACGUCGCCUUCCCUUCAUACGCGGAACUUACCUACUUGGCCAUCAAGAUACUGAAAGAGCUCUCCGCUUCUCAUGCAUUCAGCAAGCUCGCGACUCUCAUCGACCACAGUCCGGAUUCGGAGAGGAUCUUGGCUGGGUUUAGACGCAUCAUCGCCGUCGACAGCGAGGACGACGUGGCAUCAGCAGAGAUGACCAUGGAAGAUAGCACCGGAGCUGGUGCACCUGACAUCGACGACUCCCUUGAUAUUGCGCCCCAAGCUACACGGCUUGCCGCUCUAGACCUGCUCAUACAAAAUACGCGGAACGGAAAACCGCUCCCGAAUUUGGCCCAUCUGCUUCUUUUUGGCGGUCUGGACGUCGAAGCCAUCCAAGACCCCCAUGCCCUCGGCGCACAACAAAGCUGCAUCCAUGUCAUCCUCGACCUACUUAACGAAGGCGUUCCGAGACUCAAGGGAAAGCGCAAAGAACGUACGAUCGUCGCCGAUCCGCUUUUCCUGACUCUUCCUACUCUUGCGGAACGCUGCUACCGGGUGGUCCAUCAGCUCUGUGUUCAUCCACGUACCUCGGAGAUGACAAUGCGUUAUCUUCGCACCCAGGAAGAUUUCUUCGCUCGCCACUUGGUUGCCAUCCCUUUCAAGGCUCCCCCCGCGGAAGACGAUCCAUUUAUCGAACUCGUAUAUGACGAUGGUUCACGGGUGAUAUCCACCGUCGCUGCCACCAGCUCGUUCUUACGCUUGCGAUCGCUCGUCUUGGAUCUUGUCGCGCUCGAGCUGCACAUCCUUACCUCGAAGAGGCACCACAAGGGCGUCGACGACCUACUCCGACUUCUCUUCGAGAGCAACGAGGGGUACUACGAUGACCAGCAAGGCGAUGAUCUGCUUCGGCCCUUCCACGACGUUGGCCAGUCGCAUGUUCGUAUCAUUGAGUUGCUGCAGUCACUGGACUUUGACUGGUCAGACAGUCUCGCGGUUGAACCGGUCACGUUGGACUUCUUCGCCGGUCUGAACUUGCAGUCGUGCGUCCGGGCCGAAGACAACGGAUGCGAAGUUGUCGAUCGGGCCGCCCUUCUGGCCCUACUGGCAGCCGCCCGGCAAACGUUGCACGCCCAAGGUCGGUUGGUGACUCAAGCGCACUCUGACAAGGCGGCUCAGGAGACAGAGUACAUCUUGUCCAGCUGUGCUGCCGAGAACCAUCGACGUGAAGUCCGCCAUGCCACCGGCAUGGGAUACGAGGCGUGGAAGCGACUAUUGGACAUGAUUCUUACCAAAUGCUUCGACAGGCUACCUUCGGACCAAAGGGAGACCAUCCUGUUUGACCUGCUCCACGUACUUCCAGAUGUACUACAGUCGGGCAACACCGAUGAAGGGACAGCCGUUUUACUCUCCGAGUCAAUCCUUUCUGUCAUCACCAAGCUUCGGGAAGACCGGCGUUAUCAGCUUCUCCUGCAGGCUGCGAGUGGCAACUUGGAGGCGGGAGCUCUUCCUGCCGAGCGGCUGUUCAUGCUGCUCAGGAGCACCCUUCGAUGUAUCCUGGACAACAAUCGGCUGGAAGUGGUCCGCGGUAACCUCUACGCUGCGCUCAUCAACUUCAUGCAUCUGAUUGCUCCAAACGACCCAUCUGCUUCGGACGCGGAAGGCUCACAAAAGUCAACGACCAACGGAGAUGCGUUCUUUGACGACCAUGCCUUCGCCAUGGGUUUGGAUGGACCGCAAAGAUCCACACAUCUACCCGUGACUACGCUUGAGAGCACCAGUCUCUCGAUCAUCAAGGAAUCACUUGACCAACUGUUGACCAUCGUCGCCAGGGAUGCCAUCGACGGCAGUGAAAUAUGGAAAACCGUGGCCUUCAUGUUCCUCGAUUCCUUGGUUCAGCUAUCGCAUGCCGAAAAGACGAACGUCAUCAUCGACACUCUUGUUCGUCAUGGGAUACUCUCCAAUCUGGUCCGAAGUCUAUCCGAGUCGGACUCUCGCUUGCAGGCAGUUCUGGCACCGGAACCUGAUGACGUGAAUGCCUUAUAUGUCUAUGAGGCGAAGUUGUCCUUCUUCAUCAGAGUUUCACAGUCGCGUUCGGGCGCCGAGCGUCUUUUGGAUGCACGCAUAGUACAGACGCUUGCGAGUUGCGAUUACCUUGAUUCAAGGCCGGAAGCGGAUCAGGCAUUCAUAGAUCGUGACAGUUUCUUGCCCUCGGCCGUCGAACGCUAUCAUCAAUUAUUCAUGCCCGCAUUGCAGUUGAUCGUUGGGAUCCUGUCAGCCUUGGGUGAUGGACACGCGACUGCUACAAAGCAGGUUAUGAACUUCCUUACGAGCCAUCGCGAAACCAUUGUAAUCCUCCUGAAAAGUGACGCGGAAAUGACCUCUGUCGCGGUCAUCGAGGAAGUCACCGUCCUUGUGGAGCUUUGUGCUAGCAUCUUGCCAAGCGUGCCGAAAUCGGAGUUGGCUUCAACGAUUACAGGUCUGGGUAGCGUGCAUUUUGCGAUCCUUAGCCUAUCAGCUAGGUGUUUGGGCAAUCUGCACUGGAUCCGGAGUAUCCAACCGCAGUCGGAAAGCGACAUUGCAAACGCUAGUGUAGCAGCACCAGGGGAGCCGUCAAAAUCGAGGUUCCAGGUGUCCGUACUCAAGAAGGCUACCGCACUCCGGCAGGCUAUCGUUUCUUACCUUGGCACGGCCAGCGACUUCACUGAACCGGAGUUCAGCGUCGUCCUGUCUCCUCUGACGAUCGCGUCACGCAGUGACGAUCGCUCACAGCGUGUCCUAGCCAUGGCGCCCACUAUGGGAGACGCAAUCGAGGCGUUGGGCGACUUGUCCACGAACCUAUCGACCGUGCUUCGCCAGAUCGCAGACUUGUCGGCAGAGAUCGGAUCCAAGGAUCAUAUCAGAAUCGAGACCAUUCGCGAGGUUGUCUCCCUUCCUGACGUCGAUUUCCUCGAAGAACUCGACUUGACGGAGAAACAAAAUCUCCUGGUUCGCGAGUUGGGCCGAUUGAAACUCGACAAGCAAGAGGAGGCACAUAACGUACUAGACGUGCUGGAGAUGCUGUUGCUCUUGCUUUGGCGGCAUCUGACUCAAUAUUGGGACAUGCGAAACGAGCAUGCUGCGCAGGCGAAAUCACUGUCGAUGUCGAUGUCCCGUCUGGCCUCCAGUACGGCGAUCCCCGAUCCGGAGACCCUGCGAGGGGAGGCGGCGCAAAAAUUGGCGCCAGUGAUACAACGCCUGGAAUCCUUGACAGUGGAUGGUGCCACGCUUGGAGGCGACUGGCGAGAUAGCAAGGCGUAUCUGGAUAUUAUGUGCAAGAGACUACGGGACAAAGUGGGGUUGGAAACGGACGUCCCCAGGAUGACUGCAGAUGCGUUCUGA